CUCAAACAUCCAUUCACACAUAAUCCGCGAGGAUACAAAAAAUUUAGUACGAGUUUGAUUUCAAUGGAGGAAGAGAGACAAAGCAAAGAAGAAAGCUCUCAUCUUUGUACACCUAUUCAAUUCUUUAUCAAGAGCUUCCUAAAAUGUCUUGGUCUUCAUAUCUCUUCUUCUCCUUCGGAGGCUCCAAACGGAGUCGUGACAACAAGGGGAAUGAUACUAAGAUCAAAGCAAAGGGAUGGAGAGUCGCCUAGCUCUGGAAGGCCAGGUCGCCGCAACUAAGGAUUUGAUUUGUUCUUUAUUUGCUAUCACCCAUACUGCACGUGGAAAACGGAUUACAGACUUACAGUUGCAUACAAAUUCACGUUCAUUCAUAAAAUAUCGUUUCGUGUGUACUAUAUAUUAUUGUAUCUGCUAGUUAAUUACCGUUACAUUUCAUGAAGUUACAUAAGGUUGUAAACCAUUAAAAACAUAAAAGCUGUUGUUUCCCAAAGUCUGCUGUGACUAAAGGUUACGAAAAUAAUGUAUGUAUCUUUUAUAUUAAAAUAAAUUAUUACAAUA